GCGAGUGCUUUGGAUCGAAGUUAAAAAUGGCGUCCGACUGUUGCCUGUCUAAGGUAGUUGGACACAACUGAACCGAGGUUUCAUCGAAACAUGAGAAAAAUAUUUAUUAUCAGGUGACAGCAACCGCGUGGCCAAUUUUCAAAGAUGAUUGGCCGACGCUGUGCUCUCGUUGCUUUGGGCGGCCUUUUGAUUCUUGUCCUAAGUGUCAAUGUAUAUUUCAUACGAAUGAUCGUAGAGAGCUCGUCGCACAAAACCUCAUCAAAAGGCAUGCCUACUUCACAAUUAAAACCCGAACAGGAAGAAUUAAUAUCUCGAGCAGAACAAAAUUUACAAGCUCUGCAAAAAUCGGUUGCCAAAAGUAUGGCAAAGAAAAUUAGAGAAGAGAUUCAAAUAUUACCAUCGAGAUACUUUAAACAAAAUACUAGUUACACGAUAGUAUUGGAACGUUUGUUAACUGAAUUGAGAAUAAUGCCUAAUGUUCGUGAAAAUAUAUGGAAUAUUCCUAAUAAUAAUUGGCCUGACGCUCAUCAGUUAAUUCCACCAGUUGCACCCGAGCUAGGAACGAUAUUGGAUACUUUACGUAAAUCAAGAGUAAUGCGAGCGGAUAACGCGCCACUUGGUACGCAACUGAAAUUAAUGUUAACUUUGGAACACGGGACGAAGGCGAUGUUCAAGCCUCAGUGGUAUUCUAGGGACGCUAUUAUUCGAGGGCCGGUUUACCAUGGUAAAGACCGGCACAAUGCCGAAGUUGUAGCAUUCCAUUUAUCUUCCCUGCUGGCCUUAAGAAGAGUACCGCUUACUGUUAUUAGAAAACUUGAUUUAAGAAAUGAAAUUCGACCACGAGCAACUCCAGAACUUUAUGCAACCUUGUAUCAAGAUGGUAACGAUACUUGCCUAUAUGGGGUUUGUCAUUACUGUUCCCCUGCAGAUCCAGUUUGCGGGACGGGAGACAUUUUGGAGGGUGCUUUAAUUUCUUGGCUACCGCGAUAUUUAAAGCUAGUUAAACACCGUCAUCCCUGGCAAAGGACUUACAAAAGAAACAAACUUGCUACAUGGGAAACAGAUGAUAAUUACUGCGAAAAAGUGAAAGACUCCAAGGCAUAUUCACCUCAGUCGUCGAGUAGACUUUUAGAUUUGAUUGAUACAGCAAUUUUUGAUUUCUUAAUGGACAAUGGUGAUCGUCAUCAUUACGAAUUGGCGCAGAAUAAUUUCCACAAUCCUGCUGUUUUAUUAAUUGACAAUGGAAAGAGUCUUGGGAAUCCUGAUGUCGAUCAUUUUGAUAUUUUAGCCCCACUAUAUCAAUGUUGCAUGAUCCAUAAAACUACUUGGGAUCGUUUGAAACUGUUCAGUGGUGGAUCUUUAAGCAUAGCUCUUGGAAAACUCGUUGCUCACGAGUCAAUGAUGGCCGAUGUUCAACCCCUUGUUACAGAAGCCCACUUAAGUGCCAUGGAUAGGAGAUUACUUACUAUUUACACGGUUGUAGAAUAUUGUCUAAAAAGCAAGAAAUAUGCUUCUAAUGUUAUUCUGGAUCAUCGGUAGUCCAUACUUUAUAAGCUCUACUGCAUUUAUUAAACUGGAAUGUCUGAACUAUUAGGAAAUUGUUCCUACUGUAAACUAUGAACAUUAAGUACCGUUUCAAAGUAUUGGGUCAUUUCAAGAUAUCUCAAAACCUUACCGAAUACUUUACAGCACACGAACAAUGUAUAUAUUUGAACCAAAUAAAAUAGCUUUAUACGUUAUA